AGUCGAGAUUCCACGAGAUCUCGACGAGAGCUCUCUGCCUUCCUUUCUCUUUCGUGCUUGUUAGCUACAGACCACGUUUGGGUCUGCUUGCUCGCAAAAAUGGCAGCGACCACGAAAGAAGCUAUACAGUCUGUUCAAGUGUUCGGUAGGAAGAAAACUGCCACUGCCGUGGCUUACUGCAAGCGCGGCAAUGGACUGCUCAAAGUCAACGGCCGGCCGCUGGAGAACAUCGAGCCCUUGACGCUGCGUUACAAGCUGCUUGAGCCCAUCCUGUUGCUGGGCAAGGAGCGCUUUGCUGGCGUCGACAUCAGGAUCCGUGUGAAGGGUGGUGGUAACGUGGCCCAGAUCUAUGCCAUCCGGCAAGCCAUUUCCAAGGCCCUCGUUGCGUACUACCAGAAAUAUGUGGAUGAGCAGUCCAAGAAGGAGAUCAAGGACACCCUGAUCCAGUACGACCGCACACUGCUUGUGGCUGACCCAAGGCGCUGCGAGCCCAAGAAGUUUGGCGGACCUGGUGCCCGCGCCAGAUACCAGAAGUCCUACCGUUAAAAAAGCAAAGCACAAUAAACCCUUUGCCUCCUUUG